CACGUGCUCUCUCGCUCUCGGCUUCUGAAAAUUCGGCCCGACGCAGAAAGAUGUUGUGGCGUUGGCUGUGGAGUUUCAGCCGAGGAGUGAGAUCACCUGGCGGGGGAGCCGUUGCCGGCCUUUUCCGUUCCCGUCUUCAGGAGGGGGAGUCCUUGCUUCUCGGCCAGGAGUCUACGCAGACGGAUAGCAGCUGGCAUGGCAAGCAGCAGCAGCACAAAAACUUUGGAAAUAGGAACUUCUACUGCUAUACUCCAUUAGAAGCCUUCACCUGGAGUACAUUGGCUGUUCUUGCUUUGGAAUUAACCAAACAGGCCCAUUGGCUGCGUUCUGUGCAACCAAAUGGAAGAAAUACCAGAGUUUGUCAGCCAGAGCCACAGAUUGCUGAUUUGUCCCAACAUCAGCACUCAGUCAUCCCCAGAGCACUAUCUCCUUGCUCCAGAGAAGAGGAUCAACAAUUCUUGGGAGUACACUCUGGCCAGGCACCAAAAAAUCUAUCUUCUAGCAGUUGUUCUUGGCCAAAAAAUUAUCAACUCUGUUCGGAAACAGGGAGUUUCAUCUUCCCACCUGGUACCAGCUUUGAACCAGAUUCUUCCCUAUUGAAUUUGAAGGGUAACUUAGAAGAGGAAGAAUCUGUUAAAGAAGCUGCUUCUCAAGUGCAAGAAACAUUUCAAGCCAGUAUUUCAGUGGCAUCCAACAUCCUUGGGCUUGAAAACAUGGAAGCUGAGCAGUACAAAAUGGCUUUUUCCUGUUUCAAGCUGGCUGCAGAUCAGAACUAUAGCAAAGCCCAGUACAAUGUAGGCUUAUGCUACGAACAUGGAAGAGGCACUACAAAGAACAUGGCUAAGGCAAUCCUCUAUUACCAGCGGGCAGCUCAUCAGGGACACCUCCUGGCCCAGUACCGCUAUAUUAAAUGGCUUCUCUGCUGCUGGUACAAAGCAGCUAUGCAGAACCAGGAUGAAUUACCACUGGCAGAAAGAACCUGUCUGUCCAGUCCCUGCCUUCAGAGCCUUGAUCAGCCACUGACUUCUCACUUGGGACAGCCAGCUGUUGGCCUGCUUCGCUCAUGGAGCAUAGGACGCCUGGAGGAUAUGGCAGAUAGCUUUGAACUGCAAGCCUGUUUGGGGUUCCCUGAUGACAUCUCCAUCAAACUACAGCCUUUCCCCUGCUCUUCAGGAAUAGUAGUUAGUUAACAUAGAUCAUGAGGAAACUUCCUUUUCAGAAACUUGAAAAAUGAUGGUUAUGGUCCUGACUUACUUUUUAUAAGAUCAGAACGAGAUAGACAUUUCAAAGUUAUAUUUAAUCAUCUCCUAAAUGUAUACCUUCUUACCUGGCACUGAGGUAAGAAGUUAUCAUUGAAUAUUAUAACCAAACCCAGCUUUGAUGGACUAUUUCAUCCUACACAUUUCUGCACUCACUAACCUGAGGAAAGCAGAAAUAUUAAUAUGCCAUAAGACAACAUCUCUACAAACUUGCAGAAUAGUUACCAAGCUAACUAUUUGUGGUGCUGAUUAAAUGUUUUGGAGAAAAUUUGUGCUCGGUGUUUGAUCACUUAAGAGCAUUGACAACUGAACGUGCUGUUACAAUCAGGUCAUGAAAAUACUGCAUCCAUAAACAUGUAUCUGUGGGGCAGAUCUCACCCAUGGCUUUCAGAACCUAAGAAGCAGAAUUUUCUGGAUGACUAGAAUUCAGUGAUGGCAUGGCUUUGAUUCCAAGAGGACACUGAGAGGUCUUGAAGCAUGCUGAAAUAUUGCUGUAACGAAGCAGUUAUACAGUUAGGAAAUUCAUAAAAUACACAGAGGUAUAAGAAACAAUUGUUAAACUGGUUCAUAAUCUACAUUUACUGAUGCUCUCAUAAAUAGCAUUUAGAAAGAGUUCAGCAGCUUAAUGUCAAAUACGUGAGUGGGAUCAUAAUGUCUAGUGUGGCAAUUAGAAUGUCUUCCCUAAAAAGAAUUUAAUACACUCCAAAAAACUGGAAUGUAGUGGAAAAACCCACUGUCUCAAUAAUCAAAUGGUUUACAUUAAGGAAAGAAAAGCUAUGCUUCAGACUGUCUUGUCUGAAAGGAGACCUACCAUACCAAUUCCUGCAGCACGUUUCAUGCAAAAGAAGAAUCAGCAUUUCUGUAGAAAGAGCAGGUAUAUAAUUAGGUCAGCAAGAUAGUAUCUGGAAGGAAAAGAGGUAUCAUCCCAAAACAUUUUCAUUCUCAAGGAAAGUUCUUUCCCAAAUGGUUGGAACUUUGCUUUCUUGCAUAUGUAUGCAUAUUUUUGUACAGAAAUUAUUGUUUCUGCAACUGCCAGUUUCAACUCAGUAGCAUUUCUCUCAACAUCUUGUGUCUUGUUAUGUGCUGAAAUUUGCUGCAGGAAUCCCAGAAUGAAUCUACCUGACUCAAAAUCAUCUCAAACACCACAUUCAUUGUAUUUUCCAGGGUUUGCAUGCAGCUGUUUUGCCAAAAGUCUCAAAAGAAUGUGAUUCAUCUCUGCCUAUGAUUUUAUGACUCAGUGAAAAUUGUAUAGCACCUGUUGAGAUAACAUGGUCCCUCCAAUGCCUGCCUUGCCCAGAUCACUUGAAUAUAGGCAUGUUAUCAUUGACAUCCAGAAGGUGUACCAAAAGCUUGCAGUAGACCGUGAUGGGAUUAGAAUGUUGAUCUCUGGUUGCACUCAUAGCAAGAAUUUUUCUGAUAGUCCAGUUGCUGCUGCAGAAAGUAGUCUUAAUUUUCAACAAAAAAAGCUCUUAUCACUUCUGAAACAUGCUUGCUGAAGAAAUAUUUGAUUUUUCCACUUGGUCACUGGUCAGUAUCAGUGUAAAUAAGAUUGAUCAAAAAGGUCUAAAGCAAAACACCUUUCUGAUCCCCACUGUUACAGAACUCUACUUAAGUGGCUUUUAUUAUUGGAAUUUAUCCCAGUCACCGUCACUGAGGUUCCAGGUUGAGGAAAUACUCCAUGAUAAACUAGUCCAGGUGAACUGAAAAUAAGAGCAGUCCUUUUUUGUGUUCCAAUUUCUGUUCUGUGUUUCAGUCAGUUAUCUUUUUUUCAAGAGCAGCCAUGUUGAGGUAAGUUUCAGAAAUUGAAAUACUCCCCCACUGGUGUUUAGAUAUUUCUCCCCAGAGCUUUGAGAUCAUUUUCUUCACUUUUGUUGGAGUGAUAAUUAGAACACCCACACUCUAAAGCUUAUUUUUUGAGGAACUGAAUUCAUACCAACUCACUGUGUAAACAAAUUCAUCUUAAAACAUUAAAAAUUUAAUGAGAGCCAGUUUGGUCUAGUGGUUAAGGCAACCAGGCUAGAAACCAGGAGCCUGUGAGUUCUAGUCCCACCUUAGGUGUGAAGACCAGCUGGGUGGCAUUGGGCAAGUCAUUCUCUCGCAGCCCAACUCACCUCACAGGGUUGUUGCUGUGGGGAAAAUAGGAAGAGAAGGUUUGCCACCUUGAUAUGUUUGCCAUCUUGAGUUAUUUAUAAAAAUAAUAAAGGUGGAAUAAAAAAAUCUUUAAAAAAAGGUAAGUCUUCCUUGAAUUGAGUUGGGCUUCUUGUGACUUCAUUAGACAAGUCCACAAAAUUUUCCUAGUAACAGUAUGAAUAUUAGCUUGUAGCCUCUCAUCCAAAUACUAACCAGAUCAGACCCUGCUUUUGAGCAUAGUCAUUUGGCUAGGUGCUGGCCUGCCAAAUUAUAGUUGCUUGUUGACAUUCUGGAAACCCACUGAGAAAAAUGAUUUCAGCCACUUCCCUUUAACUGAAAAAUUAUGCCUAAAUGUAUUAAACUGGAUUUGCUGAAAUUAUUCUGUUGGUUGCCACAUUUUCCUCCCCUGUUGGUUGUCUCUCACGCUGUCAAGGAGUAGCAGGGAUAGUAAGAUGAGGCUUGGACAGAGAAGACUGGUCAGGAGGCUGGUGCUGCAGGCAGGAAGGGAAAGGAAAGCCGUGGAAGCAGA